AUGGAUGUUGCGGACCCGCUCAAAUUCGGUAUAGGUAUGGAACAUCCAGCCCUUCAAGACCUGGUCAGGGCGAUCACUACCUCGCCUGCCAUCAAGGAUAACAGAACCCAGACUCCCACUGUUGCCGGCCUUCAACUUCCAAAUCCAUUGGCACAGUUUAGCAUUCCUCUUUGUCCUGCUUUUAUACCUAGCUUAGUUAUCAGGAUGGCUGACAAAGAGGCUCCUGCUUUCUUUCAGAUUUCAUCAGACAAUCAUGCACCAUGGGUCGUGGUAACAGCCUCGGUGUUUCUGAUAUAUUCCAUCAUGGCCGUGGUUUCCAAAGUGGUUUCAAAGCUUCAUCUCACGUUCAUGAAACCAUAUGAUUGGCUGAUUAUCGCAUCAACAAUCACCGCUUUCGUGCAAACCGCUUGCGUUAUCGCUGCAUGCGAGAAUGGUCUAGGACAGCACCGUGAGACCAUCUCCAAGGACACGUUUGCCGCCUUUUCACGAUAUGCGUACGCAGCCCAGAUGCUUUUCGUUAUCGCCUGUGCUUUCGCAAAAGCAUCCGCAAUCUCUUUUAUUUUGGCUAUAGCUCCACAAAUACGGCUUCAACAGUCAUCUUACGUGCUGCUCGGGGUCGUCUCUUGCUGGGCAGUGUCUGCAGUACUUGCUCUGGCUUUCCAGUGUCAACUACCUCACCCCUGGAGGUUUGAAGAGGGGAAAUGCAUUGAUCAAGAGGCGCUCUCUCUCUUCAUAGGCAUUGUCAAUAUCCUGACAGAUCUCGCCUUAGUCGCCAUACCCUCUGCUAUGAUGUGGUGGGUGCAGACAAAUACCGGUAGAAAAUGGCAGGUCGUGGCUUUGUUUGCGUCUAGAAUCAUAGUUCCAAUUUUCGUCGUCUUUCAAUUAGUGGAGUACCACAAAUUCUAUGAGUCCGACGACAGAAGUUGGAAAAUGGUCGGCCCCGCCAUAUGGAAUCAACUGGUCAUGAACCUCUCCAUCCUCACCGCAUGCAUACCAAGUUUGAAAACGGUGCUUGAUAUGUUCAAGUCCGGGACCUCAUUCUUCACGGUGCCAGUCCAGUAUCAGUCGGCAGUGGAUAACAGUUCCCAAGGACUGAGAUCGAAGUUAGCCACCGCCGUUUUUCAGAGAAUCGCAUUGAAGAGAAGUGCCAACAGGAGCCAGAACGACACGGCAUAUUCGUCGAGGGAGUGGCCCACGAAACAGAUGAAAGCCGUCAGUGGCCAACAUUCCGUGCAGAUCUCGAGUAAUGUCAGAAGCAACUCUGACCUGCAGGAUAUUCCCGUGCGCAGCGAGAGCCAGCGAAGUCUGACGGAGAACACGAUCAUGAGGACAGUAGCAUACGAGGUCGGGUAUGAGGAGAUGAUGGCGACACAUCAUGCCGCUGGCUCAGAUGGUCAAUCUCGAGUUUCGAUCAACAGUGAGGCACAGCACUCAUACUAG